UUCAUUCCGAAAAUGCACGUGUUUACAUACAUGCACCUAACCUAAAACUAAGGCAUGCAGGGUCAAAAGUAGCCACUUUUUUGUUCCACAUCCAUCUCCAAAGCUAUAUCUGCAAGAAAGGUAUUCUUCUAAUGCCCAUCAAAUAAGAUGCAGUUUGAUCUGAUUUUAUUCAUCUCAGCAGCAUUUCAUCUGUGCCUGUGCCCUUUUACAAAAGUGGAAGAAAGCUUCAACUUGCAGGCUAUUCAUGACAUUUUAUACUUGAAGGCUAACUUUUCCGAGUAUGACCAUCAUGUUUUUCCUGGUGUGGUGCCUCGUACAUUCAUUGGACCCCUCGUGACCUCUGCCCUAGCCGCCCCUUUGGUAUUCCUUCUUCAGUUUCAAGAGAUGAACAAAUUUUUCUCUCAAAUCGUUGUCAGAGCUGUUUUUGGUUCCUGUGUUCUGUUCUCUCUUAUGAAACUGAAACGAACAAUCAUCCACAUUUUUGGAACACAUGUUGCCAAGUGGUUUGUUCUAAUCUCUGCCUCGCAGUUUCACUUCAUGUUCUACCUAACCCGGACCCUACCAAACAUAAUGGCGUUACCAUUAGUUUUGAUGGCUUUGCAUUGGUGGAUAAGGCGUCAGUAUAUGUCAUUUCUCUGGGCUAGUGCUGCGGCUGUCAUAAUAUUUCGUUUUGAGCUUGCCCUAUUUUUUGGAUUUCUGGUGUUGUUUGAACUGUUUUUUAGACGAAUCUCUCUCCUCAAGGUCCUUCGAAUUGGUAUUCCUGCAGGCAUCGUAUGCUUGAUCAUAACUGUCGGAGUUGAUUCAUUCAUGUGGCAGAGACUGCUUUGGCCAGAAGGAGAAGUACUCUAUUUUAACCUCAUCCUAAAUCGAAGCAGUGAAUGGGGCACAUCUCCAUUCUUAUGGUACUUCUACUCAGCAAUUCCACGAGGCUUGGCAUUUUCUUUGAUUUUUGCAGUUUUGGGUGCAUUUUUUGAUUCUCGCAUACGGAGACUGCUGAUCCCACCAAUCCUAUUUGUGUUUGCGUAUUCAUUUUUGCCUCACAAAGAACUCAGAUUUAUCAUCUAUGUUUUUCCAGUAUUCAAUAUUGCUGCUGCAGUAGCUUGUGCUAGACUAUGGAUGCUGCGUUUUAAAGGUCCUUUUCGAGGGUUUCUCUCCUUGGCUGCUGCCUCGCAUUUAAUAGGAAAUGUCCUGUUCACUGCAUUUUUGUUGAGUAUCUCAGCAACUAACUACCCUGGUGGUUAUGCAAUAUCCAAAUUGCAUCAACUAGAAUCGCCGGAUGCCAAUGUUUCGGUUCAUAUCACAAAUCUGGCAGCUCAAACAGGAGUGACUCGCUUCACGCAAUGUAAUUCAAAUUGGAAUUAUGACAAGCGAGAAAAUCUCACGGUUGACAGUCCUGAAUUUCUCAGUUUCACGCAUCUUCUUUUCGAAGCUAAAACUCGACACUCAUCAAAUAUGAAGGCACUAUCAGAAAGCCAUGAGAUUUUGGACACCAUUCAAGGUUUUUCGCAUGUCGCUUUUAAUUACAACUCGUUUCCUCCCAUGAGGGUGAAAACGAAGCCACGUAUUUUUAUUUUAAAGAAACGAGAAGGUUUCACCGGUAAGAAAAUCACUGCAAAGAAAGACAAAGCAUCCACCCAAAAUGGAAAAAUAAAAGACGAUCCUACCAAAAAGAAAAUUGUGAAGACUGAAAUGAAUCCAAAUUCUAGCGUAAAACGCCAGGAAGCAACGCCCAAACCGCAAAAUGUUUUACCAACUGCAAGUGUGAAAGAAAAAAUCAAAAACACAGUAAAAGCUGAGAAAGAUCUGAUAAAUGGAAAUCUUUCUGAAGUGCAGAAAACUGAACCAGGUAAAAAAAAAUUAAAAUCAAGUGGUAAAAGCGUCGAUGAAACCAAAUCGUUGAGGAAUAAAUCUGAAGCUGACUCUUACUCUAACAAAUCUUCCGUCAAAUAGUUUUGACAGGAAAAUAAAAUCUGUGACUUGAUCUGGACUGAAAUUUUUCUUUGUCCUCCAGCUAAUUUUAGAGAGCAGAAGCUCUCCAGAAGAAGAUUGCAUUUCAACAUGAAAUCUGUGGCUUGAGUGCGGGGCAUGCCACGCUCUCCUCCCCUAGUUCAAGAGCAAAAUUUUUCCAUAAUAUUGUGGACUAUAUUUAAGGUGGAUUCACAGAUAUAAGUGCAAGAUUUUGCUAUCGCGUGGCAAUAAUUUUUUUGCGAUCCAUAGCAAGUACGUUGUUUUCAAUACAAGCAGAAAAAUUUGGGGUUUCGUCCCGCCAAACUCAGUCUAGGUUUGGAUAACCAUGUAUUAGUCUCCAGGCAAAUCAUUAAAAAAUGCGCAUGCAAAAUGUCAUACCUCUAAAUCUUAAUAUGAAGUUCAAAGUAAUGGCCCGAUUUUCAAUUAAUUUUAGUGUAUCAAUUGUGAUGAUGAACUGAACUUUUAACUCCACUUUAAGAUUUCAUAGGAAGAUUUUUCUACCUCCUUAACCACUGAUUUUUAAAAAAUGACCAAGAUUGUUGCCGUCCUCUAUGAAGUACCUUUAAGGGUCUAUGAUAAAAAGAGCUGUGGUUCUAGAAAAAUCAGUCAAGAUUUCUGCUGCAUUAAACAAAAGCAGUAGCACUCCAGUCCAGAUUUUGCUGAUUUUUCGAACAUUAACGCAUCUCUUCCAUUCACAUGAUUUGUUUCUUUAAGUAAAACAAAUUUUGCCCAGUGUCUGAUGACAACAUGAUUGUUUGUAAUCUUCAAUACUUUGUGUUUGGUACCAUGCACAUGCCCUUGAAAAAAAUUGAGACGCACUAAGCAUUCGUAAAAACAGUACUGUUUUUACAGGUAUGCUCUUCUAACCUUUUUAGAAUUAUUUUCCUUGUAAGUAUACUUGAAAAGUGUUCUGAAGGUCUGGGAUUUUAUCUCUGUUGAGGUGACUAAGUUAUUUUGUCAAAAUAGCACUUCAGAGUAUUUGACUCCCAAAAAUGAACCUCUUCUUUGUUGUUCUGUAUAUAUUUUUAAAUUUCCUUUUUGUUUUGUUGUUUUGAAAUCUAGUCUUCAAGUUCUCAUGAAUGUUGGGUUUUUUAUCUGAAUAAUGGAACACUAGACAAGGUUAGGUACUGAAGCAUCACAUCACAAGUAUUCUCAUCAAAUUUUCAUGUUGAACAUGGUGGACACUUUAAAAUUUUCUAAUUUUAUCUUUUGAGCGAGAAACCAACAAGUUUAUGUCCAUAAAUUCGAACUUCCUGCUCAAGAAUAGAGCUGUUGAUGCAAAAAUGUCGGCCUUUUAUGUGUUUUUACCUUAAAUCUAAAUUUUAGGUUUUCAGAUAAGCUCAGAUAAUUCUAAACACCAUCUUUCUAGGGAAGUUGAGUACUAGUAAAGGAGUCAAUAUCCGUUCAGCCUUUUGAACAACUUUGUUUAAAUUUCCCUAGAAAAUAACAAGCAAUUCCCAAAGAGGGUGUUUGCUUGCCCCUUUGAAUGGAAAAGCCAUGAAGAAUAUCAACAUUUUACUGUAUUCAAACAACUUCUUACUGAGAAAAAAAAACAAUUCCUCUCGUACCAAGGAAUAAAGAUGUAAUUGACAGUAAAGUACAGAUGGAUGCUUUAGUUCUUACUUUGCCUAUCAUUCUGAUCAAUGUACUUAAGAGAAAUGAAUUCUUUCAUACACCGCACAGUGUUAAUUCUGGUUGUCAAGUAGAAUUCUUAGUAUUUUUAUUUCAAGCAUUCUAAGUGAUAAUUUGCAGCUAGCUGUAAAAUUUUAUCACCAGUGACGCUCACUCAAAACUUUUAAGUGCUAUCAAAAUUGUCGAUAGUCUUAACCAAAAACUCAUGAGCAAUCUCAAACAGAAUGUAAACUUUUAUCUUACAUUCCUUGCUCUACCAUUGUGCCUUGUUUUGGAGCGUCAUAUCUGCAGAGCUCGUGGCCAACAUUUGGUCAAACAAAUGCUAAAAUUUUAAAGCUUUGGAAAUUAAUUUGUGCAAGCGAUUUUAUCUUGAUUAGCAAGUCCAGCACAAAAAUUCAGAGUCACCGUAGUUAAGGCAAAAAGUGAUAAGAGAAAAGAAAAAGCUGAAUUUGGGGGAAACCGAAAAUAGUAAAGAAAGACUAAAGAGAGCGAGGUAAUUUCCCCCAAAAAUAGCUACAUAUUCAGAAGAAAUUUUAACUGGAACAUUCAUGCUGAUGUGCCCUGAAUUUUCCUAAAAUGGACAAAAUAGGCAGGAAAAAACUCAUUGAAUGUCAGUCGGUUUUCAAGUGAAUCUGAAAAACACUUGGUCUUAUGUACCAAAGGUUGCAUUUUUACAUCCUCAAGCAUUCAUUUAUCUUUUGAAGAUGCCUUCAUCAAGCCCAUCGUUUUGCCAUUCGAGCUGUUCAAAUUUUAAUGCAGUUUUGGCGAAAAUUAAAUGAUGUUUUGGAAUAAUGUCUUUUUUUGCUCCUUUUUUGAUGUUGAUAUUAAUUUUAAGUUUACCAAUGCCAAAGAUUAAUUAUUUAUUCGCACUUUGUAAAGUGAUAUUUUUUAUAGCUAUUUUAAGUGAUGUGUUACUGUGUGAAGUCCCAAAAUAUAGUCAGCAGGCAUCUCACAGUGGUUACUGUCACAGAUACAAGACUUUUGAGGGGCUCAAAAGAACCUCCCAAAAACUCACUGACAAAAAUACUAAAACAAGUCAGUUUAAGUUUUACUUGAACUCUCAUUUACGAUAAAUAUUAUUAAACUCUGAGGCGGAAUCAUUGUGACUUCCAAUCGUUAAUGUAAUUUGGGGAGGGGGCGCUCACUGAAACUACUGAAAGCUUCAAUGAUGUGAAGGAGGCAUUGAGAUAGUAUAGAAUAAAUUUACAAUUACCUGAAGUUUUGAAUUCUAAGCUCAAAAGUAUUUUACCAAUUAGGAAUUCUAAAUACUAUGCAAUAGGUUUGGCUAUGUUAAUUCUUUUGUGUUCUAGAAUAAAGUCCUUGGUUCAGAAAGUUAAAUAUUGUCAUACAUAAAAAGUUAAAUUAAUUUUGUUUUUUCUCUUCUUUUUUAAAGAGUUGGGUGUUUUUGUAUAUUGAACCUACCAUUAGAUUUACUUAUUAGUUUUUUUCUUAAUCGCGCUUUUAAGCAAAAUUCACAUUCACAUAUCAUAGAAGAAAGGAUCUAUUAUUCAUCAGGUUUUCGAAUUGUUUUUAAGUAACAAUAGCAGAAUUGUAAUUUUAAGUUCAGACCAUUUAAUUACGGAAAAACAUCUGAUCCGUUUCACUUUUGAAAUUGUUUUACUUACAGUUUAAUAACCAUGUCUUUGUUACUUUUGUGUCCUUUUUUUUAAUUCCUUUUACUUUGGCCGUUUUGAUCAAGCACUUCUUGUUACAUAAAAUGAAUUAUCUUAGUUUCCUCUUCAUUUCUUUGUGAUGAAGUUACUUUCUGUCAAAUUGAUUUUGUCUUUCAUCAUAAUAAAUCUAUGCAAUAUUGCAAGUUA